CGCACGCCCGCUGCCCCGCGUCGCCGAGGCGGGGACGGAGGGGGAGGGGCGUGGAGCACCAUGCAGUUUGUACCCUGGGCCACACUGCUCACGCUCCUGCUGCGGGACCUGGCCGAGAUGCGGAGCCCGGACGCCGCGGCGGCCGUGCGCAAGGACCGGCUGCACCCCAGGCAAGCGAAACUCUUGGAGACCCUGGGCGAGUACGAAAUCGCGUCUCCCGUCCGCGUGGACGCCCUCGGAGAGCCCUUUCCCACGGACGUGCACUUCAAAAGAAGGCGACGGAGCGUUAACGCUGCCACUGACCCCUGGCCUGCCUCCUCCUCCUCCUCCUCCUCCUCCUCCCCCCGGGCGCAUUACCGCCUCUCCGCCUUCGGCCAGCAGUUUCUAUUCAACCUCACCGCCCAUUCCGGAUUCAUCGCCCCGCUGUUCACUGUCACCCUCCUCGGGGCGCCCGGGGCGAACCAGACCGGCUUCUACUCGGAGGAGGAGACGGCCCUGGAGCACUGCUUCUACAAGGGCCAUGUCAACACCAGGGCCGAGCACACGGCCGUCAUCAGCCUCUGCUCGGGCAUGCUGGGCACAUUCCGGUCCCACGAUGGGGAUUAUUUUAUCGAGCCACUGCUGUCCACGGGUGAGCAAGAAGACACAGAGGAGCAGAACAAACCUCACAUCAUCUACCGGCGAAGCACCCCGCAGAGAGAGCCCGCAACGGGAAGGCAUGCCUGCGGCACCCCAGAGCACAAAAGUAGCCGCCAUAAAGACAAGAGGAAACCCGGAGCAAUAAAAUGGGGCGGAAGGAGUAACCUGGCGGAGGACGUGGCCGAAUUGAGCCUGGGAUUGGCGACAAAAGGGCUCUCUGCCUAUGGGAACAAGACCGAGAGCGCAGGGGGCCCUAGGACUCACAGCAGGACAAAACGUUUUUUAUCCUACCCACGGUUUGUAGAAGUGAUGGUGGUGGCCGACAACAAGAUGGUUUUGUACCACGGAGCCAACCUUCAACACUAUAUCUUAACCCUGAUGUCAAUUGUAGCCUCUAUCUAUAAAGACCCAAGUAUUGGAAAUUUAAUUAAUAUUGUUAUUGUGAACUUAGUUGUGAUUCAUAAUGAACAGGACGGACCUUCUAUAUCUUUUAAUGCCCAGACCACAUUAAAAAACUUCUGCCUGUGGCAGCAUUCCAAGAACUACCCAGGUGGAAUCCACCAUGACACAGCUGUACUUGUAACCAGGCAGGAUAUCUGCAGAGCCCAUGACAAAUGCGACACUUUAGGUCUGGCUGAGCUGGGAACCAUCUGCGAUCCGUAUAGAAGCUGUUCCAUCACCGAAGACAGUGGGUUGAGUACAGCCUUCACGAUCGCCCACGAGCUGGGCCACGUGUUCAACAUGCCCCAUGAUGACAACAAUAAAUGUAAAGAGGAAGGAGUGAAGAGCCCCCAGCAUGUCAUGGCUCCGACAUGA